AUUCGACACCACUACAAGAAAACGACUGAAUGAAAGAAAGAAAGAAUGAAUGAAUGAAUGAAUGAAUGAAUGUUUAAUGACACCCCAUCACGAAAUAUAUUGGGUGUCACACUAUGGUAAAUGCAAAAAUCAGUGUCAAGAAAACGAAGUACUGUUAACACAAGACGCUAUUACCAUCGAAAGCAUGUAGACCUACUGAUAAUAAUGACCGCGUUGAACUAUCUCAAGGUAAUUUCCAAAAUCUGUAUAAUAUUCAUAAUUCAGGCAUUCAUUGAUAUCUUCUCUUUUUUUUUCUUCUUUUUUUUUCCUCACUUUUUUCUCUCUUUUUUUUUCUUUUUUUUUUUUUUGGUUUCUUUUUUUUUUCUAUGACGAACUAACACAUUUAUUUAUUUUCUGCCAAUGAAAACACUGGAUCAUUGUGAUCCUAUGUCUUGUGGGUUGUCACUGGAGUAGAUUGUCAGAUGUCGUACAAAAUAGACUUAAAACAGUGUUUGGGUGAUUUUUGUAACUUAGGUUGAUAGCGUAGUUGUAUUAACGGAUACGUAACCCAGUACUGGAUCAUAUCCAGAGUGAGUUUUAACGACCUUUUGUGUGGAUACAAAGCCUCUACAUCGACUUCUUCACCAACCACUUUAUAAUAAUUAUUGAAUAGUUCCUGUUCUAGAGAGUCGACCCUUGUAGCUUAACUGUGAGCCCAGGACAACGUGCUUCAACCGUAAUUUAAUUUAAGGAUAAAAAUUAAGUUAAAUUGAAGUGAAUGUAGCAAUUGUUUUUUAAGUGACUAAAGCUAUGGCAGCUGCUUCGACGCAAAGACAUUUGUUAAAAAUAUUGCAUCGACGAAUCGGUGAUUUAGCCUUUUUUCAUUGUGCAUCAACAGAACAGAGAAAUGCUCGUCCAUUUGAUGAAAUUCCGCACAAAAAAGGCUAUCCGUUAAUUGGUACUUCAAUUGAGACUGUGCAAAAUAUAGAUAGUAUCCACACGUUCAUAUGGAAUCGAUAUAAAACCCUGGGGCCCAUCUUCCGGGAAAAGACGGUCUCUUUUGAUAUGGUUUAUAUUGGGUCCGAAAUGGCGGUCGAGCAGCUGUUGAGGCAGGAAUCCAAAUACCCACAGAGGACUUGUCUCGUGCCUUGGACCCAGUACGUAAUAGACGCAGGCGAGGCCUUCGGUGUAUCAUUAGCUAACCACGAGGACUGGUACCGGAUACGACGUGUGGUGAAACGACUCGUGCUGAACUUUAAUUUUAUACACAAGUAUACGUCAGACUUCAACGAGGUGUCACGUGACUUCUUGGACAGACUGGAACACGUACGGACAGAGGACAACCGUAUCACCGGAUUAGACACAGAACUCUUCCACUGGGCGCUAGAAUCCGUAUGUUCGCUGUUGUUAAGCAGACGUCUUGGUUGUCUGUCCGACAAACCGGACCCCGAACUGGAGCAGUUUAUCGACGCAGUGUUUGGCAUGUUCCGUGCGACUGGUAAAGUCCUCUACUACCCGCCGUGGUUCACCAAGACUUUCCUACCCAGCAAAUGGAAUGAGUUCAAAUCUGCGUUUGACACGAUAUUUCGUAUUGCUAGAAAAUACGUGGACGAGAAAGUUGAAGAAAGGAUGACCAAUGUUACGAACGAAGAGCCAGGGUUCCUAGACCACCUUUUGUCUGAUGACAGGAUGACCAGGCUAGAAGUUUAUGCCACUCUAGUGGAACUGAUGGCUGGAGCGGUCGACACGACGGCAAACGUCGUGCAGAUGAUCCUGUAUGAACUAUCGAGAAAUCCACGCGUCCAGCAGAAACUGUACGACGAGGUGACCGGCGUCGUACCGGAAGGAGAAUUCCCCAGUGCUGCCCAGCUACAGAACAUGCCAUACUUGAAGGCCGUCAUUAAAGAGACGCUCAGACUGACCCCAAUUGUGCACCAUGUUGUGAGAGAUCUUGAAAAAGACAUGAUAAUUUUGGGCUAUCACGUUCCAGCAAAGACAACUGUAGUUGUCCCGCUCUUCGUGUUUGGUCGUCAGCUGUCUUUGUUUGACGACCCCGAGACAUUUCGUCCUGAGCGAUGGUUACGUGGUACUAUUAACCAAGACAAAGAGAGUCGAAAACCUUACCUGGCUUUUGGGUUUGGUACUCGGAUGUGUAUAGGACGUCGAGUGGCGGAGCUAAAAAUACAGGUGUUAAUCGCACAGAUGGUUAGCAGAUAUAAAAUUGAACCAGUCACAAUGGACCCUGUGGUUUUGAAAACGGAACUCACACUUAUACCAUCUGAACCAAUAAACAUCAGGCUCAUUGACAGAAAAUGAUUCUGGUCUUAAAAGCCAAAGUAUUAUAAAUAAAAGUACAGAACACUUAA